AUGAAGGUCUCAACCAUUAUUUUCGGUCUUUUCACCACCGUCGCCAUGGCGGAGCUCACCAAAGUGCCCCGGUCGCAGAAGGCUGUCGUUGCACGACAGGCUGGAGAAAAAGUCCAGACCGCAGCCAUGGUCGAUGCUAGCGGAAACGUCGUUGCUUUCAACGCUGCGGAUGUCACCAAGGACCCAGCCGCAUAA